AUGUUUAAAAUGAACAGUAAUGAACUUUUAUAAGAAGAAGUAAUAUAAAAGAUAAGUCAUCUAUAAUUAAGUGAAAGUACUUAAAAAUAAAAGUAAUUUUAGCUGACGAUGACAAUUCUAGACAAUGUAGCCCUGCUUUAGAUUCAAGACUCUUGGAAAUGAUAAAUGAGUUACCUCAUCAUUAACAAUAAAAGUUAAACAGUUUGAUUCCAAAAACAAAUUAUCAACUGAUAAAACAAAAUGAUGAAAGCAUUUAUUAUGGAAUGAUUGAAAAUUAAUAAAAAUAAGGGGAAGGGAUUUAAAUCUGGUAGAAAACAAAUAAUUUCUUGGAAGGGUAAUUAUAUUUAAAUAUAUUUAGCCAAUGGGAAAAUGAUUAAUUAGAAGGGUUAUGUAGAAUGUAUUAUGCAAAUGGAGACAGGUAACAAAUAUUUAUAUUUUAAAUUAGUUUUGAAUGCUAAUUUAAAUAAGGAAAAACAAAUGGUUUUGGAGUUUAUAAAUCUUAAAAAAAAAUUGUAAAAGGUAAAAUUAUUUAUAUUUAUAUAGGACUUUGGAUUGAUAAUACAAUUUAAGGAGAAGGUUAAGAAAUCAAAAUUGAUGGAAGCAGAUAUUUUGGUUAAUUUUGUAAUGGAAAAAAAGAAGGUAGAGGAAUACUUAUGUUAAAAGAUGGCUGCAAGUAUAAAAAUAACUAUUAUUAGAUAUGAAGGUUAAUUCGAAAAUAAUUAAUUUAAUGGAGAAGGAACUUUUUUAUGGAAUGAUGGCUCAUAUUAUACAGGAACAUUUAAAAAUGGAAAAAUAUUAGGAUUUGGUUUUUAUAUGAAUUCUGGUGGAAUAUCAAUGAUAGGACAUGUAAUAUACAUAAUCUAUAAAAAGUUUACCGAAUUAAAGAAGACUAAUAGAGAUAAUCAAGAAAAAAAUUAACAUUUACAAACAAUACUUUUUGUUAAUUAGUAUAAUUAAAAUUUGAUGAUUGAAAAAAUUCGUAUACUCUGA